ACCGUGACGCUCUCAGACCUUCAGAUAGUUUCGGGACUGCCAGUUUUUGAUCACCGCUUUGAGGAGUGUCUCCCUCCAGACGAGCAGUUAUUUCGGCGGAUCCCUUCAGUAGAUGGUGAUAGGAGAGGAAGACUGCUACUGCCAGACGUCUACCCUACAGUCUUAGAGCACUAUCGACGGACCUUCAGAGCUUCACACUUGUCGAGGCGUGCUAGGGCUUCCAUGCCUGUGGACGUCUGGAUCCGUAGUUUUCUCCAGGAGGGGUACUUGUCUCCUGUUACGGCGUCACUGCACGACCCGUUUGGCUUCGGUUUACAGCGUGGUGCUCCAUUGUCAGAGGAGACAACGGAGCCUUCUUUUUUAGUUAGCUGUACUUCUCCAGCUUUGUCAGGGAUUGACGAGAGUUUACUCUUGACCGGUUUCUUAGCUCUCUGGCUCAGUACUUUCGUACUCCCGCUCCGGGCAGGUUCCUUGAGGUACAGUGUUUUGUUGGCAGCCAGCCAGUUAGCACAUGGACAGAGACCCGGUUGGUUGUGUUACAGAGUAGGUGCCUCAGUGGUUUUGGAGGGCUAUCAGCCCAAUAGGGUAGCCAGGCAGUUUGGGUUGUACCAGGCCACAGCCUACGACGGACGACCGCCAGUCCCAGGAGUUGUUGAUACGCUCCGCAUGGAUGUUGUUCCUGUGGAGACUCGACUUUACACUGCAGCUCUGACCUGGUUACACUUGCUGAGGUUGGGGACGGGCUCUAGCUUUCUUUUGGUCCAGCCGUCUGCUCCUACAGGGGUGAGUUACACACGACUGUGCUGGGUACGACAGUCUUUUGGACCUGCUUUGGAGCAUGGCGCGAGGAGGUACGAGCGCCGAGUACGAGAGCUUGGGUUGCCGAGGGGACAGAGGUCUCGUCGGGGUCCUCCAGAGGCUACUGGUGAUAGAGGAAAGGAUGCUGAGGCUUGUACUACUACCAGAGCUGUUGUUCCUUCUCCAGUUAGAGUUCCAGACGUGGCACCUUCGCCACCUCAGGCAGAGUCUUCCCGAUCUUUCCGCCGGCGAGCCAGCUCUCAGCUUGUUACCUCUUCCAGGAGGUCUGUAGACGCUCGCCCCUCUCCUAGGGAUCUUGGGGAGGAUGCACAGGAGCCCAGGAGGUCAGACUUCUCGGGGUACA